GCUGAGGUAGCGGUGGUGGUUAACAGAAUAACAAAUCUAUUUACUUCCUUUUGUUGUUGGCAAGUGUUCAUCGGUUGUAGUUCGAACGGUACAUUUACUCGUGGCAGUACAUUAACUGUACUCGUGGUAUUACUCACAGUUCCAAUUUGGUUAAUGUCAACAGAGUUACCCAGUAAUCAUUCUUCCUUCGAUAAACGCGUGUGGGCCCUUAAACCCAGCCUUCUUUCCCUCUUUGUCGUGCCUUCUCCAAGCAAGUACCCAUUUCUACCGCAAACACAACAGUGACGAUGAAGAGGUGGUGACGUUGCUCAAAGUCCUUCUCAUGAGUGUUUACUGUGCAGUGCGCAGCAAAUUGUACACCAUUUGGCUGAUCUGCAUGCAACGUCAACUCUUUUCACUUUGUAAUAUGUAAAUCAUUGCAUUCAAUUCUGCCUUGUUUUUGCGUCUGCGAAGUAUUCUUUUGUGUCAGUUUACGCCACACGUGUACCAACACAGAAGAACGUGCGCAGGUUUCACAUGCCACUAUGAAGUACAUCUUGGUCACUGGAGGUGUCAUAUCCGGAAUUGGCAAGGGCAUCAUUGCCAGUAGUGUGGGCUUAAUCCUGAAGUCCUGUGGUCUGCAUGUGACUGCCAUCAAAAUCGACCCCUACAUCAACAUUGAUGCUGGCACCUUCUCACCUUAUGAACAUGGUGAAGUGUUUGUGUUGGACGAUGGAGGUGAGGUGGACCUGGAUUUAGGAAACUACGAGCGCUUCCUGGACAUCAGGUUAACCAGGGACAACAACCUGACCACGGGCAAAAUCUACCAGUCUGUCAUCAACAAGGAGAGGAGGGGAGACUACUUGGGCAAAACUGUACAGGUGGUGCCACACAUCACAGAUGCCAUUCAGGAGUGGGUGGUGAAGCAGGCCAAGAUCUCAGUGGAUGACGAUGGGGUGGAGCCACAAGUCUGUGUUAUAGAGUUGGGAGGCACUGUGGGAGACAUUGAGAGCAUGCCAUUUAUCGAGGCCUUUAGACAGUUCCAGUUCAAGGUGAAGAGGGAUAACUUCUGCAACAUUCAUGUCAGCUUAGUCCCACAGCCCAGUGCCACAGGAGAACAGAAGACGAAACCCACUCAGAACAGUGUCCGAGAGCUCCGUGGACUAGGACUCUCUCCAGAUCUGAUCAUGUGCCGCUGUGCGACACCUCUGGAGAACGCUGUCAAAGAGAAGAUCUCCAUGUUUUGUCACGUAGAGCCCACGCAGGUGAUCUGCGUGGCAGAUGUGUCGUCCAUCUACAGAGUACCCCUACUACUGGAGGAGCAGGGGGUGGUGGGCUAUAUCUGCCAGCGGCUGGACCUGCCUAUUGAGAUGAGGGCCAGGAAGAUGCUCACCAAGUGGAAGGAGAUGUCCGACAGGUCUGACCGACUCCUGGAACAUGUGUCCAUCGCCCUGGUAGGGAAGUACACAAAGUUCUCUGACUCAUAUGCCUCUGUCAUCAAGGCCCUGGAGCACUCAGCCCUCGCCAUCAACCACAAACUAGAGAUCAAGUUCAUCGACUCUGCAGACCUAGAGCCAAAUACACUGCAGGAGGAGCCUGUGAAGUACCACGAGGCCUGGCAGAAACUCUGCAGUGCUGAUGGUGUCUUGGUACCUGGAGGCUUCGGUGUACGGGGGACAGAGGGGAAAAUCCAGGCUAUCAGCUGGGCAAGGAAAAAGAAAAAGCCAUUUUUAGGGGUAUGUUUGGGCAUGCAGUUGGCAGUGUGUGAAUUUGCCCGCAAUGUUCUUGGCUGGCAAGAUGCAAACUCGACUGAAUUCCACCCAGAAUCUAAACACCCUGUGGUGAUUGACAUGCCAGAACACAACCCUGGGCAGAUGGGUGGGACUAUGAGGUUGGGGAAGAGGCGGACCAUCUUCAAAUCCAACACCAGCAUUUUGAGAAAGUUGUAUGGUGAUGCUGAAUAUGUUGACGAGAGGCAUCGUCACCGUUUUGAGGUGAACCCUGAGCUGAAGCACCACUUUGAGGAGAGGGGCUUCCAUUUUGUCGGCCAAGACGUAGAGGGAGAGAGGAUGGAGGUCAUUGAGCUGGAUGAUCAUGCCUAUUUUGUUGGAGUGCAGUACCACCCAGAGUUCACUUCUCGUCCCAUCAAGCCCUCACCCCCCUACUUUGGCCUCCUGCUGGCUGCAGCAGGGAAACUCCAGAGCUACCUACAGAAAGGUUGUCGCCUCUCACCACGAGACACAUACAGUGACCGCAGCGACAGCAGCUCUCCAGACUCUGAGAUCGCUGAACUGAAAUUUUAGGAAUUACCAGUUACAUGCACCUGUUACUCUGUUGAUGCUGUUAUAGUUCACCUCAUCUUUUCGAACUCAAUACACAGCCUCCGCUCAUCUACCUGACAAUAAAUCAUUUUUUCUGUCA